AAAAAAAUCUUUGCAAUCAUGUUGGGCAAAACGGGAUACGUUUUCGCUAUUUUCAUCGUUCUUAGUUUAUUUUCAAGUCGCACACUCGCAGAAAUCGACGAGGAUACGUCAUCCGAUUUGUACGUGAUCGAAGGCAAAGUGUUUCCGUGGGAAAAUGCAGCGAAUUCGGGCUGGCAAUUGAUGACUCGAGUUAUGGCCAAUGGCGGAGAACAUUAUGGUUUCCUUAGAGAAGAUGGAACCUUUGUGAUAUCAAAUGUACCAUCUGGUUCAUAUGUGAUUGAAGUAGUUAAUUCUGUUUAUGCUUAUGAACCAGUCAGGGUAGAAAUAAACUCCAAAGGAAAGUUUAGGGCAAGAAAAGUUAAUUUGAUUCAAACUUCGCAAGUUAUUCAAGUGCCAUAUCCAUUGAAAAUGAAACCACAUUCUCCAUUCAGAUAUUUCCAGGUGAGAGAACAGUGGAGGGUAACAGAUUUUCUUUUUAAUCCCAUGGUUCUUAUGAUGAUAUUACCACUAUUCUUACUCAUGGUGGCCCCUAGAAUUAUGAACGAUCCAGAAGCUAAAAAGGAUAUGGAGCAACUUAAUUCUCUCACAAAUUACAGUGUACCAGACAUGUCAGAGGUUAUAACAUCAUUUUUAUCUGGCGGAGAGAAACAAAAAGCUAAAUCCAUUAAGCCAGCAAAAAAAAGACAAGGCAAUUAGUGUGUGCUCACUUUUACAAGGUUGUUGCACGUGUGUAAUAAAAGUGUGAUUAAAUUUAUCUUGCACUAGAGAUGCAAUGUGAAAAACAAUUUAAAAUAGUGUGGUCAUAAAAAAACUCAGUUUAUUAUAUUUUUACUGUAUGAUUACUCAAAUGAAAUGACGAAAUUAAACGAAAUGGUGAUUGUUUGUAAGUAUUUAAACAUCUUGCGCAAAAUUAAACGAUUAAAAAAUU